AUGAACGAGUACCAUGACACACAGAUUGAGGAGCUCGAGGUUCUCAAAGCCAUCUAUGCGGACGACCUUGAAGACAAGACGCCGCAGCAGAGCGCUUGGAGCCAAAAGCCCUGUCCAAAAUUCGAAAUUACGCUUCGUUCGGAUACCAAUAGCGACCCCAUAUUGACACUAGUGCUCAAGAUUGAAUUCACAGCCACAUACCCGCAGACGCUUCCAUUAGUGUCCUUUGGACGCUCCCAGAAUAUCCUCUCCUCUCAGCUCUCGUUUCUGCGCACAGAAAUCGAUAAGAUUAUGAAACAAGAGAAAGGCGGUCCUAUGGUUUACUCUGUCACGACGUGCAUAUUGGACCAUUUGAACGAGUUCCAGACGAGAGCCAGAACAGGCACAUUGGAAGAGGAAAGACUCCGUAGACUUGAAAAGGAAAAAGAGCUCAUGGAACAGCAAGAGAAGGAACAGCGACAUAAGAUUGAACUCGAGAGAGAAAAAGAGCAGGAAUUACUAGACCAGAUGGUGGCCAGCGAGCUGAAACGAAGAUCCAAUAAGAGCGUAUCCGAAGCGCAGACUUCCUCGCCAACGCUCAAAGAAAACAUUUUAAGUUUGGAAUCUGCCGUGCAUAGCUCCACGGACGAGCGAAUAUUUGUUUUUGACAAGACAAUCGAAACCCAUUUGGACUACUACAAGCUUAAUUUCCGAGCAGUAUCUGGUUUUGUGCCAAUUGAACCUAUUGGAUUACUCAAAGACUGCAGCCAGCAGUAUUUGGUAAAGCCUCAUAUCCACAAAGAUUCUCCAGCGUACGGUCUGAUACAGGACCUUACCAAAGGCAAGAACAAGCUUCAGUUCCUGUUCACAGAAAUAGAUCUCUCAAAUCCUUUCUGGAGGUCCAGCCAGGGCAAGAAAUUGAUCUUUUCCCUUGAAAAAGAGCUUCAGGCUGUUACGAAUCUACGGCAUGACAACAUUGACCGCGUCUACGCUUUUAACAUUGAGAAAUUCGAAAUGACAUCUAGUGGGGAUGUCUCGCUUCAGAAUUCCGCCGCAAAAAAAGUUUCCAAGAAGGUGUCUAUGGACGAGGAAAGAUUUGACGUUUGGAAGAUUGCCAUCUUGUCCAGCUACAAUGAUACGCUGGCCAAUCUUUUGAGCAAAAUAUCAUUUAUCAAUAUCAAUACUGCCCGCGAGUGGAUAAUCCAGCUCCUAGAAAGUUUGGAGUACCUACACAAACAAGGAAUGAUUCACAAAUGCCUCAACUUGGACGCUAUUCAGGUGUGUCCAUCAUCCAUGGGGCAGAGUCAGGUCAAGCUUGCUAACGUAUGCUAUGGUUACACCAUUUUGAACAUGGUGUCAAGCUACCCAAAUCAGGGGCAGUAUGACGACGUGCUACCAUUUGAUGCUCCUGGAUGGAUAGCUCCCGAACGGAAAAAGAACGGGUCUUCUCUAUUUGACAAACCGCAGCGCAAAACGGAUGUCUGGGACCUGGGGGUUGUUUUCGUCCAGCUUGGGUUGGGUUUUGAUGUGAUCUAUGAUUUUGAAAGUCCGUCAGACCUCUUAGCUAACUAUACAGAGUUGGAGGAGCCGAUUGCCGAUUUUCUCAAGGCUAUAUUUGAUGUUCGCACCCGCAAGCGUCCAGAUCCUUUGGAGCUGCUACCAUGUCGUUUUCUGCGGCUCAAUCUCAAUACAGUGCCUGCACUGUCGAUAGGAUCGGACUCUAUUGACAAGCGGAGUUCUGCUCAAAUCAACGGAUUUUCCGACAUAUCAGAUGCACCGCUGCUUUCAGCCCCUAAAAACAGACCCAAAAGAGAUUCUUUCAACAGUGUUACUGCUCAUGAAUUCAAAUCGUACUCCAGAUACGUCCAAGAUUUUGAAGAGGUGGGAAGCUUGGGCAAAGGGGGAUUUGGUGAGGUUGUCAAAGUCCGAAACAAGUUAGAUGGCAGGUUCUACGCAAUAAAGAAAAUCAGGCACACCGAAGAUAAACUGGCCAAAAUUCUUAACGAAGUCAUGUUGCUGGCUAGACUCAACCACCAGUAUGUCGUUCGGUAUUAUGCAGCCUGGCUAGAGGACGAUUUGAGCUAUGGUGCUGUAUUUUCAGACUCUGAAGACGAUGAAGAAGAGUCAGAGACCGAGGCGGAGGCCACAUCUGAGUAUACGAGAACGGGAAGCCAAAACUUUACCGACUUUAUUUCGUCUUCUGUGAAUCCUGAAUUGGAAUUCAACAUUAGCGAGGACGAGGAGUCUGAUCCUGAAGAAGAAAAAGCGUUCACUUUUGGAACCGAAAGUGAAGAUGAGAAACUCAACACAGUAGCACAAAGAUUGCCUGUCUCGAAAAAAAGAUCCGUUUUGUUCAUUCAGAUGGAGUACUGUGAAAAUCGUACCCUAUUUGAUCUCAUUCGCCAAGGUUUGUACAAAGACUCUGUUUUCUACUGGAGGAUUAUGCGCCAGAUACUUGAAGCCCUUAGCCAUAUCCAUUCCCAGGGUAUUAUUCAUCGAGAUUUGAAGCCGAUGAAUAUUUUCAUUGAUGAAAACCAAAACGUCAAGGUUGGAGACUUUGGUCUUGCGAAGAACGUUCAUUAUCUUCCAUCAACAAGCAGGAAAGUUUUAGAUGUCUCAGAAAGUGGAGAAGAUCUUACUUCAGACAUUGGAACAAGGCUGUACGUCGCUGUUGAAGUCAUGAAUGGCUCUGGCGCAUACAACGAGAAAGUUGAUCUUUAUUCUUUGGGUGUUAUUUUCUUUGAGAUGGUGUACCAGCUGGGUACAUCUAUGGAGCGAUAUACUGUGAUCAGUAAUCUGAGAGCCCCCGAAAUUGUGUUCCCGGAGGAUUUUGAUAACGAACGUCUCGCAACCGAGAAAAAAAUCAUAAAGAUGUUACUCGACCAUAACGUUGACAGAAGACCGUCGGCUAAACAGUUGCUUCAAAGCGGCCUGAUCAGGGUUGAACAGCAGGACGAUCUAAUGAAGGAAGCUUUAAAUGCGCUGAUUGAUCCUUCUUCUUCUUGGCACCAUCAGGCUAGAAGCAUUUUAUUCUCCCAGCCUUAUAGUUACGUGCGUGACCUUUUGUUUGGGGACGUUGAAAAAUCGUACGGGACAGCAGAUUAUCUCUUGCACUCCAAAAUAGUUCAAGAAAUCUCCAAGAUAUUCAUGAGACAUGGUGGCAUUGAGUUUGUUGACCAUACUGCUUUGUUAUUCCCUAAGAAUCCUCUGUAUGAUUCGACGUACCAGGUUUACGAGGUGCUGGACAAGGCUGGAUCAGUUCUUCAGCUUCCAUAUGAUUUAACGCUUCCUAUGGCAAGGCUUCUUGGACGCAGGCCGCUGUCAAUUCACAAAUUUUUCAGGAUUGAAGAUGUAUAUCGCUCGAUAGACAAAGAUGAAGGAUCUGGCCCAAGCAAGUUCAAAGAAAUUGACUUUGACAUUGUUUCUCGCCCGAAUGAUUCGGCAGAGCUGCUGCCGUUCUAUGAUGCGGAGUGCAUUAAAGUGAUGAGUGAAAUCAUAGCUAUUUUGCCGUUCCUGAAGCAGAGCAACGUGAAAAUAAUAUUAAACCAUUGCAACUUGCUAGAUACAAUCCUGGAGUACUGUGGCAUAGAAAGACCGCAGAGAGUUAUUGUCAGCCGAAUUCUUGCCGAAGUUGGUUUUGGAAAGACUAUCAAGGAGGUGAAAGCUAUCUUGAAGCAGGAUCUCAACAUGUCAUCCACAAUCUUGAACGAACUUGUGCAGUUCGAUUUCGGACUCCCAAUAGGACAAGUGAGGUCAAAGUUACACAAACUUAUGAUGGAUAGCCCGCAUCUAGGGAAGGUGGACAGUUCCUUGAAUUAUAUCUCGAAGAUCAUGAACUACUUGGAAUGGUUCAAUGUGGAGCUCAACAUCGAAAUUCGGCCAUUUAGCGGCUAUAACUCUGCGUUCUAUAAAGGAGGAAUCAUGUUUACGGCAGUAUACGAGGACAAGUUCAAAUCCAUCAUAUGCGCUGGCGGACGUUACGACGAACUAAUUAGCACAUUGGCUCGCAACAAGUCGCCACGUGACCUCCCAAGAGCCGUGGGGCUCCGUUUGGCUUGGGAUUUCCUUUUCAACUCGAUGAAACGGUAUCAGGACAUGUUCAACAACCGUAAGGACACAAAGCGCAAGUUUCAGAAGGAGAAUCUGAAGGUUGUGUGGCAGACCAAGAAAUGCGACGUUCUUAUUGGAUUUUUCUCUGCUGGUAUCCUGAAAGAAAUUGCACCUUUUCUGUUGCAAGUACUCUGGUCGAACGACAUCAGCGCAGACCUGGUGAACAAUUCGGUCACCAUCGACGAUAUGGUAAAUCAGGCAGUCGAAUCGAAUGUGAAAUGGUUGCUUGUGGUGAAGGCUCAGACAAAUAUGGAGACACUUAAGGGAAAUUCAAAGAGCAACAAAUAUAAACCAUUGCGACUCAAGAAUUUGGAAGCAAAAGUUGAUAUUGAAGUUGACUUGCACGAUCUCGUGUCGUUGUUAAAAGGCGAACAGCCAAAAGAGAUUGAGGUCGAUACCAAGGAUGUGUUGCAGGACGCCGAGGCACUCGCAGAUAACCGUCAACGAGUGGUGGUUGUUCCUAACAAUGCAACGGGAGCCAACAAGAAAAAUAACAAGAAGGAGAAAUGGGCGAUUGUGGAUCAAGCGGCCGAGUCCGCGGAGUCUUUGAUCCGAGUCUUGGAAAGUUCUCCUAUCUUCACCAUUGAAGCGAGGGACGAAGUGCUUGCAAUGAUCAGUAUCACGUCGCUGAACCAGCCAGACGAAUGGAAACGGAAAGUUGGCGGAGUCUCCAGCUCGACGCCCCGCUCGUUUGUGGCUAAUAUAUACAAUGCACUAUCGAAGGAGGCAUCCAAGGGGACAAAAUGGGCGAUUUUGUAUGGUGGUCCGAAAUCGGGCAAGGUUUGUAUAGUUGACUUGCAAAAAUAA